AUGAAUCAGCAGCCGCGGGCCGGGCCGCCGGGCCCUGGCGCGGACCCCCGGGCGCCUCACUCGACCCCACCCUUUCCUCCCGCCGUCCGGGGAAGGCGCGGCGGCGGGAGGGCAAACUGCGCGUGCGCAACCCGCGCGCCGUUGUCCCUGGCAACACUGGCUGCGCCAGCCCGGGUAGGCGUCUCACGGGCCGGGCCUGGGCGUUCGGCCGGAGCGCCAGGUCCCCACCCCCAGCCCCCGGCGUCCUGCAGCCCGAGCGCGCCUCGUCUGGCUCCUGCGCCCGCCCUCCAGGGCCCCUGCCCAAGCUCGCAGACGGCGUCGGCGUUCUCCAGCUCGAGUGCCCGGGCUAGGGCAGGUUCUGCGUGCGCCCCCUCGAGUGGUGGCGGCGCUGGCCUGGGCCCUGCCACGCGGAGGCGCUCUUGCGUCAGGACGGCGCCGCCGGGGUCCCGCGAUUCCAAGUCGGGGGUCCCGGAGAAGCGCGGGGCGGGAACGGCCUGGCAGCUCCCAGCAGCGGGGGGCGAUCCCCCCCACCCCGCAGCAGACCCGGAGCUGCCUGGGCCCCUCCUGCGCCACGUGUGCCCAGAGCUCGGCCCGGGGAAGACUUCGCUGCUUGUUGGAGAUGCCCAGCGGCAGGGGUCGAGGACUCAGGAGGAAGGGAAACGGGGGAUCCCGUGUCUGGACUUUCUCCUCCACCCUCUUCCCUUCGCAGCUGUAAAGCCGGGGAGGGGAAGGGUGGCCGCCCUGCCAGCAGUGACCAGCACUGAGCCCCAGGAGCGCCGGGAAAGGCUGAGAGAGAGAGAGCUGGAGAUUAGCGGAGGUGAGGUUCUCCCCUGCGUCUGCUCAGGGCCUCAGCCCUCCUGUCCUGCCCCUGUCCCUCCGUUCCUCCAUGAGCCCAGCCUGGAAGUCGGGGCACGACCUCUCCCGUUGUACUUCAUCUGCCCUGAGCCCGCGACUUCCCUCCUACUCGCUACUUGACACCUCGGUUCACCUGAGUUUCCCUUGCAGGGCCUGGAGCUGCUGGCCAGAGAGCAGAGGUGGGCGGGCUGCCGAUGUGGGCUACAGGCUGGGCACGAAGCGAAUCCUCUGGGAGUAGGCGAGGUCAGCGACGUACAGGAGCAGGUUGACAUAGGUGAAGAUGGCCACCACCAGCUGGCUGUCCC